AUGGACAUGAUCUAUUUAGAUUUCUCCAAAGCUUUCGAUUCAGUACUUCACGAUAAACUUAUUUUUAAACUCUGCCAAUUUGGUAUUACUGGGCCGCUCUUAGACUGGUUUUCUGACUCUCUGUCUGGGCGUAAACAGCGCGUGGUAGUUAACGGUUUCUCGUCAAGUUACCUCGAUGUAACAUCUGGUGUUCCUCAAGGCAGUAUUGUUGGCCCAUUGCUUUUCUUGAUCUGCGUUAACGACCUUCCUGAUGCAGCAAAACACAGCAAAGUACCAAUGUUUGCCAACUACAGUAAAUGCUAUAAAAUCAUAAACAAUCCACACGACUUCUCCAAUCAGAUCUUCAAGCCCUGUAUCUUUGGUCUUCUACUUCGAAGUUAAAGUUCAACUUGAAGAAAUGUUCUGGAAUAAGAUUUUCGCGGAAACGCCGUAUUGAGUCUCCCGAUUACUUUUUAUGCUCCAGUCAGAUCCCUUUUCAAUCAACUCAAAAGGAUCUUGGUAUCGCCUCAUAUUUCCAACAUUGUUUCCAAAGCAAACCGCAUGCUUGAAUUUCUACGACGUAUCUGCACAUAUUUAACUGAUAUAAAUUGUCGACGAUCUCUCUAUUUGACACUUGUUCGUACACACGUGUGUUAAUUAUGGCAGUGAAAUUUGGGCACCCCAAACAGCAUCUAGGGACCUUCUUUGUCUUGAAAGUGCCCAAAGACGAGCGACCAAGUAUAUCCUUCAAGACUUCACCUCAUCUUACUCCAACCGUUUAAAGAAACUUAACCUACUGCCUAUUUCAUACUGGUUCGAAAUAAAAGAUAUUACGUUUUUCUAUAAAUGCAAAGCUGGUUAUUAUGACUUAACACUUGAAGACUAUAUUCUAGACAAUUGUACUAAUCAUCACACUCGCUUUAGCUCUACUGAUUCAUACCGACCAAACCGUUGCAGAACAUCUUCUUUCCGAAACCUAUUUUUCAAUAGGAUAGUGCCACUAUGGAACAGCCUGCCAGGAGAAAUAAAAUUCUCUCUCUCUAUUCAGUCACUGAAACUUAAACUCUAUAAUCACUACACUCAAGAAGUUAAUGCAUGUUUUGAUGUUAAUAGGCCAAGGACUUGGAAAACGUUUUGCUCUAAAUGUCGUUCUUGUUUUAUGUCUUGUUCGUAGAAGUGCAUGUUCUGAGUUUUUGUACGAAUGUAAUUAUGUGUAAUACCGUAAAUAUGUAACUAGCUAUGUAUUUUGUUAAUUUUAUAACUGUUUAUAGUAUAGUAUAGCAUAGUAUAGCGUAGUAUUUUCAUGUAUGGCAGGACUUAAUUUUGGACUUUAUUAUAGUCCUGUUGUCUGUGCCUUCAAUUUCUUAUUGUAAAACUAAUAAAAAAUUUUAAAAAAGAAAUAAUGACCUAAUAAUCGCCCUUAACUAAUCAGCCCUUCCAAUACAAAAUUGCUUCCUACGGUUGUGUCUACUGAUUAUUCAGUGUGCCUGGGGGUUAACCGUGGCUUGCUUGCCAGGAUUCCUCCUUAUUUUGCCGUUGCUCAUUUUGCAUUUGCUCAUUUCGUGCACAAUUUAUGUGUUGUUUUUUGCUCAUAUGGCAUGUACCCCAUCCUUACAGUGUUGACAAAUUAGGGACUUCGUCACGGCCUGUGGAGGAGGUAGAACUUGCAUGUUAUAUUCUUCUCUUUUCAAAAUGUAAAUUUCCUUCAAAUUGCCGUAAAGCAAUUUUCGUCUCUAAUUAACAUGCGCCGAUAAUAUCGGUAUAAUUUUUCCAGGUAUAUUGAUACCGUAAAUUUCUCAUACCGAACAUCCCUACGGCAGAGCCAUAUUAAGUUAAAAAGUAACAUUUCCAUUGUAGAAUAUGCUGAACAAACACGAAGAUCUGAGACAAAAAAUUGUCAACGUCCAAGAUGAUGGUCAGAAUUCCGAAUCCUCAGUCGAAUAUGAUAUGUCCGGCAUAAUUCGAAAUGAAAGAGCUGAGGAACUUGUUACUGAUGUGGCGGAAAGGUUUGAAAUCAAAACAGGUUCGCUGAAAACGAGGGGAGUCCGCAAUAACAGUAUGCGUACAACAGAGAGCAAAUCGCUCGACAACUUGUUGCAAAAUCGACGCCCGGAAACUGACAGUAAAAUUAUACGUCGGUUUGGCUCAAGCAAGUUCUAUGUGAAGAAAGCUAAAGCGAAACAGAUUUUCGACACAGGUUUGCACUGGAAAUUUUUUUCAAAAUGCUUACUAUGCCUAUAUGAAAUCAUGUAUUUUCGUUGAAAAUUCAAUUGACGUACACUAAUUGCAAUUUAUAUAGUAUGGAAUAAUAUGGGUAUGUUAUGGAUUUAGUGAUACAAUUGCAAAUUCCAUGCAUAUAGACUAUAUAGGGUAUAUAAAAAAGGUAGACAAUUUUGGUAAAUAUAGAUUGUUUAGGUACCUAUAAUGUGGAAUAAACAAAAAAUUUUCGUAAAGAUAAAUUUUCCAAAGCACGGGGGGUAUCAUCUUUAAGGUCUAAUUCCACGACGAGCGAAGUGCGAAAAAUUUCGCGCGAAAACACACUUGUGCGAAAAUUUUCUCUCGUUCGUAAUGAUUUCCACAGUAAAGAAAAAAUUCGCCAAAACAUAAGCAUUUGCUUGGUUUCGCUAUUUUGUCAUCCAAAACACAAGCAUUUGGUUGGCUUACUAUUUCCAUUUCGCAACGGAGUAGAAACGAAUUCAACUACCCGGCGAAGAGAAAUAUUUCGCAGAGAAACAUUCCAAAAUCAUGUUGCGCAUGCGUUCAACCUUUUCGCACGAAAUGUUUCGCAUUUCGCUCGUCGUAGAGUUAGGCCUUUAAGGUCCAGACACACCGGAUGCGAUUUGACAACGCGACGCGAUUUUUUAGUUUUUGAAAGUUAAUAAAACUGCCAAUGAGAGCAAAUUUUAAAAGAUAUGUAGACCAAAUAACUCGAAAUGUUAUAUAGCGCUUCUAAAUAUUUGGAAAAUUUAAACUAGGAUCAAAGUUAUCGGUCAGUGAAAAUAGAAAAAUCGCGCCGCGUUGUCGAAUUGGGUUCGGUGUGUCUGGACCUUUAGCAGCAUUAAAAAUACCUUGCGCGCGAAAUUUAAAAGUUUAAAACGCAUUUUGAGUUCAUGGGCGAAAUAAUUGUUGUGUUUUAUCAAUGGUCCAAAUAUCAGAAAAAUUACUCUACACUAAACUGUUAUUGCAAAAAAAGUAAAAUAGCGGUAUGCAAAUUAGGUAAAUGCGUGAAUUAAGCUGUGAUAGGCAUUGGUGCCAAAAAAUGAAAGUUUCAUCAACCACUUAAAGGACUUAAAAUUGAGUAAAUUCUCUGAUAUUUAGACCAUUAAUAAAGCGCAUAACAAAUUUCUCGCCCUGCAUGAACUCGAAAUGCGUUUAAACUUUAAAAUGAUUUCAGACGAAAAUUUUGAGUGAUGAUUUUUAUAUGUACAUGUAUAGAUCUGUCCUGGAGCAGUUUGUCAGUGGAGCAUCGGGAUUUCCGUCUUUUAACAUUUAGUCCUAUCGAACAAAAUGCCUAAAGCCGGUUUUCCAAUUCAAUCGUAGCGAAGCGUAGCGUAUUUCUUUAUUUCCUGACCACUAGAGUGGAAUUAAUGACUUCGACACAAAAGAAAAUGCUACGGUACGGUACGGUACGGUACGGUUGAAGUGGAAAACAGGCUUAAAGUCUUGACUAUUUACUCAUAGAGAAUUAGGAAUGUCGAACGUGGUGUUUUCACGCCUCUAGUUCUAUCAACGACCGGCGGCAUGGGAAGGGAGGCUGAAACGUUUUAUAAAUGCCUUGCGGAUAUGAUAUCCAAUAAGAGACAACAAAAAUAUUCCGCGACCAUAGGUUGACUACGAUGUAGAAUGUCGUUUGCAUCGUUAAGAUCUUCAAUAAUGUGCAUUCGUGGAAGUAGAUCUUCAAUACAUCGGCCCAUAUUCGGGGAUUCCAACAUCUCCCUGGCAACUUCCGAGGCACGGAUCCCUCGGCCUCGUGAAUAACUUGAUUGAGGACUUACGUACUGCCAUUAAUAAAACAAUUAAUAAAUAUAUUUUUAAAAAUAAUAAUAAUAAUGUAUAACGCAUGCUUGAAAUGAUACGUAUUAAUAAAUCUAUUGUUCUAUUUAAAAAAAACACUAUUUACUCAUACUGUACCUUAGUUGGUAGCCUGCAUGGCAUCACCUUAGGCUUAGUACAUAUACAAGAACAUAUGGGAAUGAUUCUGCAGCGAAGUUGUGAGAGUGCUGCAUCCGUUGUAAAUUUUCCUUAAAAAAUCGUUUUUGUUUUUUUCCCCACAACAGCAUUGGCUGAGUUUCGAGAAGAGAAAGCUGGCGUGACAAAUGUGAUGAGAAAAUCUCAAAUGUUCAAUGGUUUAUGUGAUUAUCUUGAUAACAAAGGUUAGAUAUUGUUUAUACUGUGUUAACUAAAAAGACAAUUUCAAAUGAUAUUGAAAAACUUCAUUUAAGAUUUUGCAAUCGAAUUCUGCAUGGGGGUACACUCAAAAUCGACAAAUUUAGCCGUUUGUGUUGAACUAGGGAGAAUGCCUCUAAUAGGCAAUUCCAGCAUUUAGUUUAUGCAUGCAGGGGGUGAUACCUUACUUCCCAUCAUCCCCUGCACGCAUAAACUAAAAGCUGGAAUUGCCUAUUAUAAAAUUUCAAUUUCAGUCAAUAUCGUAGACUUAUAAUGGUUUGUACAAUUAGAGGCAUUCUCUCUAGUUCAGCACAAACGGCUAAAUUUGCCGAUUUUGAGUGUACCCACAGAAUUCGUUUGAAAAUUCAAUCUUAAAUCUAUUUUACCUAGUAAGUACGGACCCCAAAUUUCAUGAUUGUAUAGUAGAACAGGAGAUAUCACUACUGAAACUUUAGAAGUGCUUUCACAGGAAUAUUUAUUUGAAGACCUUUUUAAAUAAACCAUCAUGGUAUAAACUAGUCGUAUAGAGAUCUAUUAUGAGACAUUUUUUGAGCUUGUCUAAAAUUUCCAGUAUAAUGAAUAUUUAUGCCAAGAUAUGGAUAUUCGUCAAAUUGUUCUAAAAUAUUUUUUUAAUAACCAUGCAAUUUGAUGUUAAGUAUCUAUGCGCGUCUUUGGAAUGCUGUUUCAAAUAAUACGAUUUCUGAUUUCUUUAAAUUAAUGCUUAUUAUAGCUUCCACCUUUUGGUAUGUCAAUGUAAAUUUAAUAUGUUUUGUAUUCCGUCUACCAGUAUACUAGUAGCUCUGUUUGAAUAAAGUUUGUUUAACGCCUCUUACACAGGCUAUAACACAGCAUAAUUAAAUUUCAUGCAUACCUGCAUGUGUAAAACAGAACAAGUCUUCGAUCGUCCUGCAUGCAUGUACUCAACUAAACAAUCCCCCACUAUACAGUCGGGCAAAGUCUCUCUACGUUAAUAUGAUAGUAUGGUACUAUGAUAAUCUCCGAUGGGAUAUUUGUACCUACGCGAUUUGGGUAUAUGCCGAUUUGGUAUUUGUACUGACACCAUGCAGAUAUACUCAUGCUGAGGGUCUAGGUUAUCAGACUGCAGUAUUCGUUCCUCUCAAAUUUAAAAGUUAUUAAUUUGGAUUAUCUGACGGGUAGACAUAUACUCAACAGUUUAAAACAUUUAUGUAAAGAACUGCAAAUAAUACGGUCCCGAGUUAUUUGUCCAGUAAAACCCUUGACUGCAUGAAUCUCUGAAAAAAUGUUUUUUAUACAUAGAGGUGCAACCUUAUGGAAUAGCAUAUAUCCGUCGAAAUUACCAGGGCAGGGCUCAGUCAUUCGCUGAACUAAGUCACUCAUUACUUAGUUAACAUUUUUCUAGUAGUUUCUUAGUACUUGUUAUCGAUAUAAUUGAACACCGUAUAAUUAGUUUAGAUACUAUGAUCACACGUCUCCAUGGAAGAGUGCAUAUCUUUUUAUAUUAUGAAAUGGAUUUCGUGGUUAAAUAAAGAUCCCAAUCUAUCAAUUGAGGGAUAGAGAUGUGAUUCGGGUCGAGAUCAAAGAUAGAAGUAUAUUCGUGCGCAAAACAUGAUGGUAUAACCAUCAAGACAUGGUAUUUUUUAUUCUAUUUUCGGUACCAGUGCUGGGAAAUGUCCGGCCAGCGGCACCACUGCCAAGAAAUGUUUAACAAAAUAUCUUCGCAGGAAAUUUUUGUUAUCUUAUACACAGGAAUGCCACAAAAUUUACUUAUUGUUUGAAAAAGUCGAGAUGAUGCCAUCAUAGUCCACUCGUUCCUUGAAAUUUACAUAUGCACGACGUUUUAUAGUUGAUUUACACAGGGAAUUUUGGAAGAUAAAUGUAUUUUCUAGGCCUGUUUAGUACCGAAACAACAUUGCGAACUUCCAGCAAAGGAAUGGAGUUCUCGAAAAUCCUAAGGAAAUAUCAUAUAUAGAAGUGAAAAAAAAUGUGAUUUAGACUGGAAGUGGUAUCUUAUUUGUCCGAUUUUGUUCGUAAGAACGCUCAUUGUACAACUGAAAGUCGUAUUGAAAAAAGUAAUUCUUUCAACGUGCGUCAAUAAAUAUUUCCUAUUUGUUUUUUUAGGAAUAAAUUGGCGGGAGGAGAAAGAUAUACAAGUUACACCAAUUAUUUGCUGUGGUUUCUUAACUAAAAAAGGAAGUAAGCUGACAUCCACAAUAUUAUUCUCUAUUCGUAGUUAUCCAACCGUGCAUAUAGACAGGCAGUACUCCCAUGCACACGACUUAAGUCAGAAUUUAGAGAAAACGAUUCAGAACGUCUCAUAUAAUGAUAUCAACAUCGCAUGAUUACUAAUUAACACAGUAUGCAACUUGAUAUAGCCUAAUACACAUGUAUCAACACAACACUGCACGCUUUUGAUUUUCCAAAUUUUGUCACAAUCCAGUUAACAUGUAUCUUACAACAAUUUUUGAGGGACACAUGUUUACGGUCGGAUUAAACUAAAGCAAUCCCCAAAUACAUUAUAUUUUCACCACUCGACGUUUCGAAACUCCAGUCUAGUGUCUUCAUCAGGGAUAUCUUACGUCACAAAGUGUUGUCAGCGCCCAACAAGGUGAAAAUACUCCGUUUCAAACCACGACGAUUCACUAUUAUAUGUUUUUGUAGUGGUAAUAACAGGUCCGUUAUCACUUGUAGUCGAGUGAUUUGACACAAGUGGUGUACGAAAACCGGUUGUUCUUUCCUCUUAAACGUACCAAUUAGGUAUUAUGACCGAGUGUAUUUCCAGAACCAGACAUAGCACUACAGUGCAUGCGGUUGCCUGGAGCAUGCGCAUAACAAGUACACCACAAGUGCGACGACAAAUUAUUUUGGAAUACAGCUAAUUCAAUAAAGGUUCGUGUCCUGUGAAAACCUUCGACCUCUAAGCGCGAAUAGCACAUUGUGCGUGUUUUUUAUUAUGAAAUUGUAUAUGCAUGCAUGUCAGCUCAUUUAUGCUAAUCAAAUGAAUUGCAUUAAGUGUUUUUUCCGCCUUUGACUUGAUUAUAAGAAAGGUGUAUUAAAUUAGCUGUACAUACCAAGCAACCUCGUACCCAGAGUAUUUCCUCUUGGGGAGAAAAGACCCUGGUAGACACUGGUCAUGUGAUCUGCUAGAAUCUAGCAGAUUUCUAAUUAACUAUCUUGGAUUCCUUUAUGACAAUCGUACAAAAUGCAUCAAAUAUUUAUUGACCUCAUCUUGGAUUGCUAAUUAAAAAUCUGCUAGAUAUUAGCAGAUCACGCGACCAGGGUCUUUUCUCCCCAAGAGGAAAGACCCUGGGUACGAGGUUGCAUACCAAGGCUUAUGAUUGCUUACACACUAGCAAACUUACGUAGCGAAUAUAAAGCGAUGCCAAACUUCAUUUAGGCACCGCAAUACCUAACUUCAAAAACGUUAAGGGGGACCGCUUGGGGAAUCAGUAUGUUACAGCUCUCGCAAUUAGAUCUAUAGGACUCGUAAUUUUUAUUCUCUAUUUGUGUACCAGGAAGAGAAGAAGUACAUUUUCCGAGUAUAAAAUUCCAUAGCAUUUCUAGAAUCAUAAUCAAUAAAUUAAUGAAGAUCUAGAGAUUUCAUUCAGAGAUGAAUGAGUACAAAAAAAAAUAUAGUGAGCACCAAAAAUUCACACAACUUAUAUCUAAUGGUCCACUCCUUACCACAUAUAUCAUAGGGGGCCAAUUUUGCAUAUUUUUGUGUUAUUUGCAUCUCCAAAAACUCCUACUUUUGUCCUACAAAAUUUCUACACAUUUUCCUACUUUAUUCCUACUUUUUCUAAAAUUCUAGUCCUACUUUUAUCCUACUUUUCUACACAAGGAUGCCAGAAAGCCUGAAUUCCUUGUUACCGUGACACAUUCUUUGUGUUCAUUUAGAUGUUCGAAAGAACUGGUUGCCCCGUUGGUUUAAAUUAGAUCUACGAAAGAACUGCUUGGCUUAUUUUGAGAAUCGCGAGGUAAUGUUAAUUUCAAAUAAUAGGUAGCUUAAGUAAGCGACGUUUUUGUCAACGCAGACGUCACAUUGGGGACUGGCUUAAAAACUGUGUUUGUGCCAGUUUGUGAUAAUCUUAAUACAUGUGACAAAACCUAAGUUUUUAGAGUUUUUUGCUUCUUACACGAGGGCUACGAUGCAUAUAAUAAUGCCACCAAAAUUGGUUGCAGCAAUUUUCGGGUGACGUCAGUAUUGAGAAAAACUUCGUUUGCUUAUAAUGUCACUAAUAAUUUCACUAAUAAUGUUAAAGACAAAAUCUAUCCCCACAAACAGGUGGGAAAAUUGACUGAGCAUGCGCGAAAACUGCUCGGGUUUUCAGCGGACUUGGUUGAUUUCAAAAACAUAAACAACAUGAACGAAGCCUUCGAAAGACAAUUUAGCAGCGGCUGUUUAAGCCCACAAAUCACCACAAAAAUUGGAUUCACUGACAAAACAUGUUGCAGUAAUACUUUGAUUUCCUAUAUUGCCAUAUAUUUUACAAUGUAAACUAUUAAUAUCGAUUAUUUCAGUGCAAAACAAAACAGAGCAAAACAUUUUCUUGUAAAAUAUCGUCUGAUAGCUUGAAUAAAAUGUGAAAUUCAAACCAAAAAUACUAAAACUUCUUCAUUUUUUACAAAGUCAAGAAAUUUAAUACCAACUUAAAAAUGCUUUGAAAUUUAAUGUAAAACAGCGAUAUUUCGUUGGCAUAACCUGUAACAUGACAAAACUCGUGUUUACAGGAUUUUGAACGAGCGAAAGUUGUGUUUAAAAAUAAUAAAAAUUUGCGCUUCGAAAUGAGGGUCAUGGAAAAAUCUGAUUGCUAUGUUUAUAUCUUUUUCCAAUACUUUGAAAACCUAAAAUAAUAUUGUAGCAAAAUACGGAGCAAAAUGUUCAUUCUGAUGCUCAUUUUCUGAGUCGACUUUUUCGUAUAAAUCACACUUGCACAUGAAAGUUGCCAAAAUUCAGUACUUCAUUUUUUAGGCGAUUUUACAUUCUAUUAACAAAAACUAGAAAGAAAAGCACAUCUUCUGACCUAAUCACAUUUCAUUGGCACAACCUGUAUAUAUGAGAAAAUUAAGGUGAAAAACAAACAAUUUUAGCAAAAUACCUCACAUACUGAAAUUUGACGAUGAUCGUUGGCGCACAGUAUCACUCAAAAACCAAAUAUUUAUACUUUGUCCUGCAGGACAACAAACGCAUGUACUACAAAUUUCAAGUAAUAUUCCAUCAAUAUUAAGUUCAUACUCGAGGUUAUUUGCCAUAGAAAACACACAUAUUUUGCAAGAAACGUCAUUUUCGGCCAUGUUUCAGCGAAGAAUUCUUGACUGCUAAUUUCACGAUUGCGACAAGUAAUUGUAUUCUUGCAUGAUUAACGUUUAUUAACGUUUACAUCUGCUAGCUUUCUUUUGUUUUCUCUCUGCUGCAGUACGAGAAACAGCGUAGCGAAAUCUGUGUUUUUGUUGUUUUCACCUCCGUUUUCACAAUUUUUGCUGGCAAAAAGAAAGCGGCCGCCAUAACUUUGGUCAGCGACCACAAUUUUCCCACCUGUGCAUGUUUAUAGAUUCAUGUCUCACUAUUUAUAAUGCUAACCCUAAUCCCCACCCUAACCCUAAUCGCUAACCCUAUUAGCGAGACAUGAAUCUAUAUCCCCACCUGUUAUCCCCACAGCGUUUUGUUACAUGCUAGAAACAUGCGUCUCGCAGAAAUAGGUCACGUGAUCUCAAUCGUCUUUGUGAUGCAGGUAUGAAAUUUAUACCUUGUAAAAUGACUUGGGGAAUUUUUUAGUAAAAUGUCAGAGCUUUGGGCAAACUUUGGUGUUCAAAGCUUGCAUGAGAGAUUCAAAUUUUGACUACCGUUACCAUAAACCUAUCAGAUGCGUUUAAUCUACCCGAUAAACCAAUCCACUGCAUAAUACACAGUAUAAAAAAGUAUCGCCAUAUGGCCCAUAUUAAAGUGUUGUCAUGCAUGGAUGCACAUUACUGUCCGUUUCUUAUGAUUAUAUAUUGGUCUGCCGCACAUUCAAUUUAAUUAAACCGACAUGUCCAGGCAAGUGCAGCGAAUCUAAUCUUACUAAUGAAGCGGUUUUAGUUGAUUUUGGACUCGUAAUGCGCAGUCUUCAAAGAGUCAAUAUAGAGACAAUAUUCUACGAUACCAGAUAUACUAUAAUUUUAUUAAAAUAAUAAUUCCGUUAACAACGUGUAGUUGGAAAGCGUUUACUAUCUUCAUUUCUUCUCAACGCAGAAUUGA